UAUACACCGAAACACUUUCUUACACUUGCUCCUUUCUUCUCUUCUGGUUGCUGAUCAUCUUCCUUCUUUCACAUCUUCAACACAAAACAAAACUUGUGUGAUAAAUAUUAACCCUCUAUUCUACUAGAUAUAAGCUUCCCUCCUUUCUUUUUCUCUAUCCAUCUCCAUCUUUUAUCCACUGUUCAAUCCAGAGAAAGAGAGGAAGCACACAAACUUAAGGAUUAUUUUCUUGCAACAUUGUAGUGUUACAACUAAUCAAAAAGAAAAAAACCUACAACAAAAUGUCUAACAGGAGAUCAAGGCAAUCUUCAAGUUCUCUAAGGAUCUCCGAUGACCAGAUGAUCGACCUCGUUAGUAAGCUCCGUCAAUUUUUGCCGGAGAUUCGUGAACGGCGCCGUUCUGAUAAGGUGUCAGCAUCAAAGGUACUUCAGGAGACAUGCAACUACAUAAGAAAGCUGCACCGAGAAGUUGACAAUCUCAGUGACCGUUUGGCGCAGCUCCUCGACUCCGUUGAUGAAGAUAGCCAUGAAGCUUCUGUCAUUAGAAGCUUGCUCAUGUAACCUUCCAAUAUAUGUUCUUAUUAUAAUCUUUACAAUAUAUAUUUAUUAUAAUGUAAUCUUCAUUGUCCUUAAUAUACUAUCAACCGAUAUAUAUUCUGGGAGAAACAAAACUUCUGAAUUUUGGUCCAGCAGUUACACUUAUUCCUAGCUAGUCAAUAGGGGGGGGGGUUCCUCUUUGCCGGAAACCCAAACAUUGUAAAUAGUCUUUCCCAACGCGAAUUGAA